GCGCGCGGCAUUACGCGCUUCCGUGCGUCCCGGAGGAGGACCGGAGCCUGCGGGUCUGUUUACAGUUUGUCCAAAAGUCAUGGACGGACAAACAGAUGGUGUUUGCUUUUUCUGUCGGCUCAACCAGCGCAGCAGCUGAAACAGCGCGAGGAUUAAAGGUUUGGAUUUCCAGGUCGAGCGCAUUGGUCCUAAAUUCGCUUCAACAUGUCCUCGCUGCAAGGAGACGUCCCAGGCCUGGAGUCUGGAUCUCCUUCUCUGUUUGGCGCCAUCUCGUCUCCGGUGCCAAUGUUCCGGCGUAACAUGAGCUACGAUGAGCUGAUCGACGCGCCCCUGCACUCGCCUCCGUCCGACCUGCACGGGAGCGUCCUGUGGAAGGAGCCGCUCAAACCCCACUACAGGUUUAGGAACACGGCAGAGGAGGUGGACAGCGGUGGGAAGUCAGUGAGUUUUGAGGUAGCUGCAGCGGCAAAGUCCCCUGUUCCCGUGGUCAAGGCCAAAGCGACCACUUUAAUGAGCGCUCUGAUGAAGCAAAGCCACGAGAAUCUGCAGCGGUUCGAGCACCAGGCCGGUCUCACAGACACCGGCUACUCUCCACACAAAGGCCUGUCUGCAGAGGAGACGCGCUUCCACCGGAGGGCGGAGGGCACUCUGCCAAAGUUGAAGAUGCCAAGUGGGGACUUUAGGGAGGACAGGCUUACAACAUCCGCACAGUCCACUCCUGUUGGCACCCCCUCCGUCACCCCCAGUGUCACCCCCUCUGUCACCCCCAGUGUCACCCCACACUCGUCACCUGCCCUCAGCCGCAGAAACUGGUUUGCGGUGAACCCCGGCUCUUUUCUCACAGCACCAGAGCUGAGCCCUGCUCCCAGCGCAGACAUGGGGAAUGAGGGAGGGGGAGGAGACAAAUGGACCUUCUUUGGGUCUCGCUCCAUGGUCCAGAAGUCCCCCACUGACCCGGGCUCUGACACAGGCACCGGCUUUUCCCUGCAGGCCUACUUCGGCCUUCAGAAGUCCUCCACCAUGGACUACUCCAGCACACAGGUCAAACUGAACGUGGAGGACCCGGCCCACUUCGUGCCUCCUAAGAUUGAAAUCACAGGGAUCGAGGCCAAACCACCUCCGGCCCGUCCACACAAACUCAAACCCCGGGACAUGAACGUGCUCACCCCAUCAGGCUUCUAAUCCCUGUGCCAUUCAUGGAGCUGACCUUUGACCUCCCUGUAGCCACCCAGAGACUCAUGUCUCUAAUAUUCUCCCCUCUCUGAUGACCACCAACAAACGAGACGUCCCCUUGCAGCUCCAUGUUUCACUUUUCUGUCAGUCAAGCUUAUCCCCAGUGUUGUUUUGUUUGUGUUGAAAUAUGUCAUCCGUUCAUGAUCGGGACCCCGCGUCUCGGGACCCCGCGUCUCGGGACGUCCCCGUCGUGCGUGUUCAGUGCCCAUGUUGUAGCAUUGCUUCUGCCUGUAAACUCGGGGGAUUGGACUGCUGCUCCUGCUUAAUGUUUGCAUCAGGUUUUUUUUCUAUAUUGUGUAAAAUUCUUUCAUUUAAUGGCAGAAUCAUUUCCACCAUUUCAUUUUUUUUAUAUUUGAAAUUGCUUCUAUAGUUUUUGUGUUUUUGUUUUUUGUUCUUCAAAGUACAAUGACAAAUUGUGUUAUUAAAUUGUUUGAUUGCACAAGGAGCUCGUCUCCAGUUUGUAAAUAAACAACUGAUGUGGGACUGGACGGCUCCGUGUCUCAGUCAGAAAAUGGUACAA